AUGAAUAGAAGUCAGUCGAGUGGAAGUUUGAGAAGAAGUAUUACUGCUUUGCCUUCAGGAGCUGUGCCAAGUGGCAACAGAAGUCAAAGUACAAAUAAUCUGGCUCAGGAUGAAAACGAAGAAUACCAUGAAGAACUCACAGUUGCCGAGGCUGAAUAUGAUGAUUCACCAAAGGAAAACAUUACCGUUGUUAUUCGUGUUAGACCAUUCCUUCCAAGAGAAUUAAAGGGAUGUCAAGAUAGAGGUGAACCUCUUAUCAGUACAAUUAGGAUUAGUGAUUCAAGGAAGAGCAUGGUGAUUUCGGAUUCACCUGAUGCAAACUACUCUGUAGGACAUUCAUUUACAUUUGAUCAUAUCUAUGGCGAGGAUAGUAGACAAGACGAAAUUUAUGAAAAUCAUGCCAGAGGAGCUGUAUUAUCAGUACUUAAAGGAUACAAUGCAACCUUAUUUGCAUACGGUCAAACUGGUACAGGCAAGACCUAUACUAUGGAAGGGUUCGAAAAUAAGAGGGAAUUAAGAGAAUCAGAUAUUGAAACAAAAGGAUCUUCAAAUGUUAAUUUUUUAAUCAGAGCAUCUUACUUACAAAUUUAUAAGGAAGUAAUUUAUGAUCUGUUGGAUCCAACAAAAACAAAUUUAACAAUAAGAGAAUAUAAAAAGAAAGGAACCUGCGUUGAAGGGUUGACUGAAGAAGUUGUAAGAACACCUAAAGAAAUUUAUCAAUUGAUUGACAAAGGAAGAAAGGGAAGAGCUAAAGCCCCUACAAAACUCAACGAAGGAAGUAGUAGAUCUCACGCAGUGUUUAUCAUUGUUGCAGAACAUUUGGAAAGAACAAUUUCAAAUGAGGAAGAUAUCGAUUGUGCCAAUGCAGACGCCAUCACUGGAAAAGAGGUUGUGCAGGAAGUUAAAGAAUCUUAUCGUAUUGGUAAGCUUAAUCUUGUUGACUUGGCUGGAAGUGAAAGAGUGUCAGUAAGUGGUGCCUCUGGAGAACUUUUAGAAGAAACUAAAAAGAUCAACUUGUCUCUGACUUGUUUGGGUAUGGUUAUUUCCGCUCUCACAAAGAAAGACAACUAUGUUCCAUACAGAAACUCAAAGCUUACAAGUUUAUUGGCUGACAGUUUGGGAGGUAAUUGCAGGACUACCAUGUUGGCCAUGGUUUCUCCGGCUAUGGAAUUCCACGGUGAAUCUCUCUCCACUCUCCACUUUGCCAAGAGAGCUAAAUGUAUCAAGAAUAUUGUAACUGUCAAUGAGGAUUUAGAUCAAAGGGCUUUGCUUAGAAAAUACGAAAAAGAAUUGAAGAAGCUCAGAAUAGAGCUCUCAAAGAAGAGUAAAACUGUUGUUGGAAAACAAAGAAUUUUAGAAUUAGAAGAACAAAGAAGAAGAGCAGAAGAAGAUAAAUUGGCAGCCAUUGAAGCAUUGGAAUCCAGAUCAAGAGAGUUCCUUCACGAAAAGACUUUGAAGAGAAAAUUGGAAGAAAAGAUUGCUCACUUACAAUCCCAAUUACUAGUUGGUGGUGAGAAAAUUGAAGAAACCCCAGCUUUUAGAAAGUUGAUUAAACAAGAAUAUGAACGAGUUCACAAACAAUAUGAGAAAAAAUUACAAGAAUUGGAGAGAGAAAGGCAAUCCAUAGAGGAAGAUAAGGCACAAGUUGACAGAUAUAAGCAACUAUUGUUAAAACAACGAGAUAUCAUGAUUGCAUUAACAGCUAGAUUAAACGAAAGAGAUGAAACAAUCCUUUCCCUUCAAGAGGAAUUGGAUGCCUAUGAUCACCAUCAAAAAAUGUUGGAAGAUGCUCUUGACAGAAAGACAGCUGCUCUCAUUCAUUUACAAAGAGUUUCUGAUGCGGGGCUAGGAACUAAGGAGAAGGAAAAACAAGCCCUUCGUAAGAUUAUUGAAGUUAAAAUGAUUCCUUACAUGAAUUCGAUCUAUAAGAGUCUUGGAGUGUUUGAAACACAAGAUAUGGAAGAGCAAGCCAAGCAAGUUAAGAAACAAGUUGCUACCGUAACUCAAUUAAUGAAACAAACAGCUAAUGCCCUUUCACUGUCUCAAUCCUCUGAAGAACGCCAAGAUGGAGAAAACUCAUCUUUUGAACAGCAACAAGGUUAUUAA